CACAUACAAGCUUUUUAGUAAAUCAACUUAAAAUAUGUAAUAUGAUGCCUUACUUGCUUCUAGAUUUUAAACUACGGAAUCUUUUUGUGCGUAAGUGUGUUUGCUUGUCUCAUGCGGCAUAAUAUACUUCUAUGCUAAUCUUUUUUGAGUUUUUCUUAAUUCUUUCUCCCAAUUUUAGUUUCUCUUUUUAUGUUCAUUGUGUUUUCUUCCUUAGCUAUGUGUUCUUGUUCUUCAUUCUUGAUAAAAAUACAAACACAAUUUAGUAAAACGAGUUGUUGCUCAUUCUUCCAGUUCCUGGCAGCGUACUUCCAAGCUCUCCCUAUUUGGCUCAUGGAAUCUCUAAGAUCAAAAUGCAAAACUUUAAUCAAUAGCAUAAAUUGUUUCGGAUACCGCAAAAGUGGAAGCUCGUCUUUGGUUGUGGAAGUCGAUGAGCCAUCAAAGGGACUCAAAAUCCAAGGGAAGGUUGUGAAUAAAGGUUGUGGUUCAUCAGACGGUUUCUGGAGCACAGGUGCAUGUGAUAUGGACCACAAUAUCACGAUUCGAUCACAAUCUUUAAACCCGCCUUUUGAUCCCCGAUGCAGCACAAGCAACUCUACCGAAUUUGUAAACCAUGGGCUUGCUCUAUGGAACCAAACGAGACAACAAUGGCGCGAAUGCAGAACCAUCCAACAAUGCCGAGUUCCAGAACCUGCAAUAAGCUGGAACGAGACAUAUGAUAGCUUGUUGAGCACAAACAAGCCUUUUUCUCGACCUAUACCUCUUCAGGACAUGGUGCAUUUUCUUGUUGAUGUUUGGGAGGAAGAAGGCUUGUACAUAUGAUUGUGAUUAAAGAAUCACAUGGAACUUAAGAAAAAGUUACACAUGUAUAUGAUUGGGAAAAAAAGAUAUAGACUAUGUAUAUCCAUUAUUGAAAUUCUUCGAUUAGUCUUUAAAUUAAAACCUCUGUUAAUUAUUUUGGCAUCAAUUUUUGAAAGAGAUCUCUUUGUCC